CACAAUUUAAACUGUGCAUAAACUCGUAAAAAUAAUUAAACAAAAACUCUUGCUUGCCAGUUUCUUAAUCCUUUGGUGGUUUUUAAUUUUUGGUUUUUGACCAUAGAUAAUGUUUUUGAAUAAUGGAACCAUAGAUAAUAGUGGAACGUCAUUGUUUAUGUGAAGUCUUGUCUGUGUCUGUGUAUGGUCUGUGUCAAAGCCAAUCAGAGCAAAUGAAAGUAAUGUCUUUUGUGUUAGUAAUAAGUUUUAUCAAACAUUUUAAAUUAAUAAUUAUCGUUUAGAUAGAGGAAUAUAUUUUGAAAUUAACGCCUAUAGGAUUUUAAUUCUUUUUUCUUGUAAAUAAAUCAAUAUUACUUGAAGAAGUUAUCAAAUAAUAGUUUUUACUUUCAUUAUGGAUUUCAACGUAAAUAAAAUCGUUAAAGAUGCAGGAGCUGCAUUUAGUCGAGUUGUGCAGUAUGCAGAAGAGAAAUUGGGUACAUCAGAAAGAACAGAAUUGGAUGGUCAUUUUGAAAAUCUAUGGAACCGAGCAAAUACUACAAAAAAUUGUACAGAGAAAAUUUUACGAGAUGUAGAAUCGGUAUUAAUUCCCAAUCCGGGAUAUCGUAUAGAAGACUACAUGUUUGAAAAGAUUGAAAAAAAGAGACCCACCAGAUUGAGUAAUAUUGAACAUCUAGGACUGGAUAUGAUUGAGUUUGGAAAUGAAAUUGGUCCUGGAACAUCAUACGGCAGUGCUUUAAUAAAAGUAGGUCAAUGCGAACAGAAGUUGGGUCAAGUUGAGAGAGAUUUUAUUGCUUCAACUGGGACAUGUUUUACUCAACCAUUAAAGAAAUUUUUGGAGGGUGAAAUGAAAACAAUUCUGAAGGAGAAGAAUUUAUUGGAGACUAAAAGGCUUGAUCUGGAUGCUUGCAAGAAUCGUGUACGAAAAGCAAGAAGUAUGUUGGGCACUCAAAAUAAGGAGGGAAUACCUCCAGAAGUUCUUCUAGAACAGGCUGAAAGGGAUUUAAGAAUAGUCCAGUCUGAGUUUGACAGGCAAACAGAAAUAACAAAAUUGCUUUUAGAAGGGAUCAGCAGUUCUCAUAAUACUCAUUUACGCUGCCUUUAUGAAUUUGUUGAAACACAGGCAAAUUAUUAUGCUCAAUGUACUUCAAUAAUGACUAGCUUACAAAAAGAGUUAGCCAGUUUGUCAUUGAGAACUGGUGUACCAUCCUAUCAACCACCGCAAUUUGUAAUUCAAGAAGAAACACCACCAGCAGAUGACAACUUUAAACAGGCUCGCGUGUUGUACGAUUAUGAUGCCAAAGACGAUUCUGAAUUGAACUUAUUAACCAAUGAGGUAAUACUUGUGCAAGAAAUUCCGAAUAAACCAAACGAUGAUUAUUUUAUGGGUAAAAGGGGCCUCCAGAGCGGUAAAGUUCCAAAAGCAUUUCUUGAAAUCAUUUCAUAAUUGCAUUAUUUUAUUUUUAAUUUUUAAAUGGUUGCAUGUAUUUAUUGUUGAAGACUGUUAGACAUGUUAUAAACUGCCAGGUUUUUUCUGUUUUAUAUCGAAACACAUUCCGUUAUUUAAGUAAAAACACUUCUUAUCGUUAGUGUUUAAAUCAGAAGUAUCCACGAUGAUUAAAUAACACAUAAUUAAAUGUGAAAUUAAGUAUUUACAGCCUUAUAACGUAUUUUGUUUCAGUCUAAUUUUUUCAAAGAAAAUAAAGAAAAGCAAUAAUAAACAUAAUAUAUGUAGGGUUGUAAAAGUUACAAAUACGAAUGAGUUAAACGACAACGUUCCGUUUGUCUCUGCUUUCGUAUGUAUCUAAUAGUUUAUAAACAUACACUUUUUUCAGUUAACGAUUGAAUAAAAUUAUGGUUUUUAAGUGAGAUUGUUAAAACAAUAAAACAUAACUCAAUUAACAGUGAAACACAAUAAAUUUAAAUUUUUACUCAAAAGUGAA